AUGUCCGAGAGUUCAACGUCUGACUCGGCCGAUGCACAACGGUCCCAGCAACAGCAGCAAACAAAAGCCAAGUCCGUCGGUCAAUCCGAUGAGGAACUUCGCGAGAAACUCGAGCGAAUGUCCGGUGAAGGUGGAGCAUCUGGAAUUGAGUACGAGGAUGGGCAGCCAAAUACCAUGAAACGGAGUGUUAGGAACAACAUGUUCCGGUAUAUCUGA